UGCAUCGUGUGUCACAGAAGCGCUGCGCGCCGCCAAACCGCCAAAAGAAAGCGCUGCGCGUGAAGCAAACCGCAAAAACAUGCCGUCGCGCAAAGACGCCUGGUGCUUUAUGGCCGUCGUCGCGUUGACGGUCGUCGCGACGCGCACGCACCGCGCGAGCUUGGCCGGCCGCUUCCCGCUGAGCCGGCGCGAGCGCGGCUUCAUGCAGGAGCGGCAGCGGCGCACGGAGGCGGCCGUGCGCGCCUACGAGCGCGCGGCGCAGCGCUUCGACGCGUCGCGCCUCGAGGAGGCGAGCGCCGCGGCGCGCGACCUGUCGGCCGCCGCGCGGCGCGGCGACGCCGCGGUCGUCUCGAUCCUCGACCACGGCGCCGCCGGCGACGGCCGCGGCGACGACGCGCCCGCGCUGCGGCGGGCCGUCGCCGCGGCCGCGGGCGCGACCGCCCCCCGCGUCGUCGUGCACCUGCCCGCGGGCCGCACGUACAAGAUGUCGGCCGUCGUCCUCGCGGACGUCGAGGACCUGGAGCUGCGCAUCGACGGCACGAUCCGCGCGCCGCCGAUGGACCGCUGGCCGGCGCGCGCGGAGCCCGAGGACGAGACCCAGAGCCCGGAGCUGCGCCGCAUGCGGUACGCGUUCCUCGAGCUCCGGCGCGCGAAGCGCGUGACCGUCACGGGCAGCGGCGCCGUCGAGGGCUCGGGCCGCGCCUGGUGGCGCGUGCGCAAGCGGCGGCCGUCCGUGCGCGCGCCCGUGCUCCUGCUGGUCGCCGACUCGCGGGACGUCGCGGUGACGCACCUGCGCCUCGCCGAGUCGCCGUUCUACCACGUCGUCGUGCUGCGGUCGUCGUCCGUCGCGCUCCGGCGGCUCCGCGUCGCGUCGCCGCCGGGGUCCGUGAACACGGACGGCAUCGACCUGCUGGCCGCGCGCGACGUGACCGUCGACGACUGCUGGGUCGACACGGGCGACGACAACGUCGCGAUCAAGGAGGGCUGCGUCGGCGUCGAGGUCCGCGGCGGCACGUUCUACAAGGGCCACGGGCUGAGCAUCGGGAGCCUGGGCGAGGGCGGCACGACGGCGUCCGUGCGCGACGUGGUCCUCAGCGGCGUCCGCUUCGUGAAGACCUCGAACGCCGCGCGCGUCAAGACGUGGCAGGGCGGCUCCGGCGCCGUCGCGAAUGUGACGUUCCGCGAUCUCGACGUCCGCGCCGUCGGCGCGCCCGUCGUCGUCGACCAGUUCUACUGCCCGGAGUCCCAGCACCCGGGGCCCUGCGCCAACGAGUCCAAGGCCGUCGCCGUCGAGCGCGUGACCAUCGACGGCGUCACGGGUUGGCACACGUCGGGCGUCGCGGCCAUGCUCCACUGCUCCGACGCCGCGCCGUGCGACGUCUCCGUGUCGAACCUCAAGCUCGAGGGCGCGCCGGGCUGCUCCAACGUCGUCCGCUGCUGGAACGUGAAGGCCGGGCCGGGGCCCUGCGCGGCGGGCAACGCGAUGCACGGCUUCCGCUUCGACCUGUCGCGGAAGGAGCGGCGGGCCCUCGCCGUGAACGCGACGUGCGUGCACCCCGACUAAGGACUCCGGGAUG